GAGUUUAGUUCCCUAAAUCAUUCCACUUUUCCUCGUUGAUAGAGUCACAAUUAUUAUUUAUAAGAACUAUUUCUCACAACUUCAAAACACUAUCUUCUUCUUCUUCUUCACUUCUUCUUCAAUUAUUUUGGAGUUGGGAAGUUGAAAAUGGAGAAUUCAGAGGUAGCUGAGAAGGGUGAAAGGCGAAAGGGAGGCCUCAUCACCAUGCCUUUUAUCAUAGCAAAUGAAGCAUUUGAGAAGAUUGCAGCAUAUGGUCUCAUGCCAAACAUGAUUCUAUAUUUGGUUGGAUCCUAUCAUUUCAGCGUGGCCGGAGGAACGAACGCUUUGUUCAUAUGGAACGCGACCUCCAACUUCAUGCCGGUGGUCGGGGCUUUUCUCUCCGACUCCUAUUUCGGAAGAUUCCUCGUGAUUUCCGUUGCGACGGUCAUUGUUCUCUUGGGUCUAAUAGUAUUAUGGCUAACCGCCAUAAUCCACUCGGCCCGGCCUCCGCCAUGCGACCCCCGCCUCGGGAACUGUGCGAAGCCGGACGCGGGCCAAUACGCCUUCCUCUUCGCGGCCUUCGCCCUCCUGUCCAUCGGGGCGGGCGGCGUGAGGCCGUGCUCGUUGGCUUUCGGGGCCGACCAGUACGACGACCCCGGAAACCCCAACAACCAGAAGGUCCUCCUGACCUUCUUCAACUGGUACUACGCCUCGGUCGGGGUGUCCCUCAUGGUGGCCCUCACCGUCGUCGUCUACAUCCAGAACGAGUUCGGGUGGGUCAUCGGGUUCGGGGUCCCGGUCGGCCUCAUGCUCUUCGCCUGCGUCAUGUUUUUUCUCGGCUCGAGGCUCUACGUCAAGGUCAGGCCCGACAACAGCCUGUUGACGGGCCUGGCCCAAGUGGUGGCGGCCGCGUGGAGGAAGCGCCGCCACCGUGGCGAGGGAGAGUGGAAGUAUUACCACUUGAAGGGGUCUAAGCUUGUUGAGCCGUCGCAAAGGCUCAGUUUCUUUAACAAAGCCUGCAUCAUAAUCAACUCUGAGAAAGAGGUGAAUCCAGACGGCUCGCCGUCGGAUCCAUGGCGGCUCUGCACCGUGAUGCAGGUGGAGGUGCUGAAAUCACUCAUCGACUUGGUCCCGGUCUGGUCGGCCGGGAUCAUGAUCGCGGUGCUCAUAAACCAGCACUCGUUCCCGGUGAUCCAAGCCCUCACGCUCGACCGAACCCUAGCCGGAAACUUCCAGAUUCCCGCGGGCUCGUUCGGCAUCUUCUCUGUCAUUGCCCUCACGUUGUGGGUCGUGCUCUACGACCGGGCCAUCGUCCCCCGUCUCUCCAAAUACACGAAGAACCCUCGUGGCAUUGGCGUCAGGGCCCGCAUCGGGCUCGGCCUCUUCAUCUCGUGCCUCGCCACCGUUCGUUCGCAUAAAAUAAAUAAUAGUGAAAUUCUCUAUAUGAAUUUUACAAAUAUAGCCUCAAUUUUAUAUGUGUAUUUUUUAUGCAUGACGUGUAUUGAUGAUAGUGAAAUUGGUCGAUCUCUGCAGGUGGACAUGACCGCAAUGUGGCUAGUGCCGCAACACGCACUGACCGGAUUGUCGGAGGCCCUUAACGCCAUAGGGCAAAUCGAGCUCUACUACUCGCAGUUCCCAAAGAGCAUGGGGAGCAUUGCGGUGGCACUCUUCGCACUAGGACUGGCCGUGGGGAACCUAGCCGGGAGCGUGAUAGUGAGCGUGGUGGAUUCCGUUUCUCGACGAGGCGGGCGUGAAAGCUGGGUUGCGGAUAACGUCAACAAGGGGCACUAUGACUAUUACUAUUGGGUCCUCACGAUCUUAAGCGUCGUGAAUUUGAUGUAUUUCAUCCUUCUAAGCCGAUUCUACAAGUGCUUCGAGAAAGAGAAAAUUUAA